AUGCUCAAUUUUUUUUACGUUGAAGUGUUAAUUGAAGUAUUGUUUCAGGAGAAUGGGCGUGCGGCGCCGGAUCUCACGGCGUCGCCGGGCCGUGCUCCGGCCGGUCCGCCGCAGCCGGCGCGCGCGAAUCAUGCGCCGCCCUGCGUGCUGCAGCCAGAUUUUAGGAAGGUAUCUGGCGUGAGCAAUGAAAUAUUCAGACAGAUUGAAAUGGUGGAGAACGAUCACGACGCUACGACGGCCGCGGCGCUCGAGGCGGUGGAGCGUCGCGGGGAGAUGAUAGUUCGGAUCCUUGAGGUGAGGCAAGUGGGACGAAAUAACAUCGAAGCCGCCAAGAAAUUCUUCUCUUUACAGGAUUCACGACAUGCAGUCCAACUAGUGGAAAUCGUCAAACGACCUGGCCAAACUUUGGGCUUAUAUAUUCGAGAAGGAGACGGUGGGGCGAGGACAGAUGGAGUAUUCAUAUCUAGAAUAGCGUUAGAAUCUGCCGUUUAUAACAGCGGUUGUCUCAAGGUUGGAGACGAGAUCCUAGCUGUUAACCUAGUGGACGUUCGACGCAUGUCAUUAGAUGACGUUGUAAUCAUCAUGUCGAUUCCCAGAAGACUUCUACUUUGCACCCGACAGAGGAAAGGAAAAUCUGGACCAGGAUCACCUUCAAUGCCCAGAACUGAACAUAAGCCCCCACCAGUUGUCGUGCUGAAAAGAGAUUGCAGGGAUGACGACGACAGAGAUAGAGAUAGAGUCGAUGGACUUUACUCACAACAUGGUACGCUCCGUUCAACGGGGGCAUCUGGCGGAGUUCGACCCGUGGGAGACGGUCGCGAGGAAAGAAGUCGCCUGCAGCUGGGCGGUUUGUCUCCUGAUUCCACUCCCCUCGACUUGUACUAUAAUUCCAGACCACCAUCGGACCAUUCUACAUGGAGUUAUCGCCCACCACCGCCAGUUAUUACAGAACAACCUAAGUCAGGAGCUACGCACUUUGUGCCAUACGAAAGAUCUUAUCCAAACACAUUGGAGAGCUUAGCUGAGAAGGUUCAUUCCUUCUAUCCAGGAGAAGGAGGCAGUACUAGGUUCGGCGGCAGAGUGCCCAGAUCUGGGUCGGAACAGCAACUGCCUCGUGCAGAAACUCAUUCAGAUUUCGGACGGCAUUCUCUGCUGAGGUCCAGUUUGAAAGCAUCUGCCGCUACUGGUGCAGCUGGUGCCUCAACUUUGUCAAGAUACAAUCAACGUUACGGUGGCGUAGGUAUGCCUGGUCUUCCAAGCUCGGGACUUUCAAGUACUGGGCUAACUAAUGCCGGCUUAGGCCCUGGUCUUCCUUCGGGGCUCUCAUCUACCGGUCUAAGCGGUUUAACCGGUUCCAGCUUAGUUGGAACAGGACUGAGUAGCGGGAUUGGAACUGGAUUAUCGGGAUCUGGAUUAAGCUCUACUCUCGGAGGAUACGGAACGACAGGUUUAGGACUAUCCUCUUACGGAAAUAAAUUCGGUACAUCGAGAAGGAAUCGAAGCCUCGACUACUCCUCGGAUACAGAAGCCACAGCACCCACAAGAACGCCAUACUAUUCGGGAUUAAGUGGCUACAGAAGCAGCACGUUGGGAAGAGAUAUAGGAUCAAAGUUUAAUUCGCUCCCAAGAGACGUACGAGGAACUGGCCAAAGAAUGGGACUGUCAAGGCGAGCUGGAAGUGUCUUGCAAGACGAACCUGAACCGCUGUCUUCUCGACUAGAUCUACGUUCUUCCAGAGGACGUUUACCUUCCUCACCGUCAGUGUUCACAUCGGACGAGUAUCGCGCCUGGCUGUCCAGAGCGCCUUCUACCAGUGCUCUCUACGAGAGUCUGCGGCCACGCUUGCCUACCCACUACUCGGCAGAAAAUAUACACGAUGCGCUGAAAAAUAUGGAAAAUGCAAGUCGCUACGGUUCAACACUGGGAUUAGCUGGUCGCCGCAUGGAGCGCCCCAGGCACUUGCCAGCAAGAUCUCUGUCCUCGCAACAAUUAGGACCAACCGCUAGUGGAUCACCGUCAGCUCGUCGCGUGAGACAGCUACUGGAGCUAGGUUCGAAAUUCACCUGCCCCAACCCCAGCCCGGUGCCCACACCCGGGUCAAGGCAUCAGAGACACCUCGAUAUAAACCCUAACGAAUUUCUCAAAUACAAGAUUGAAAAGCCGGGGACUGGUUUAUCGACAUCUAUGACUGGGCUAUCUCGUAUAUCUGGGGGUGUUUCGGGGAUGUUAUGGGUGCAUUUAUUAGCCGGAAGGGGGUUAAGGCCUGCCCCCUCGGGCUCUUCGCCCGGUUCUCCCCCGUCGGGACCUUUAGCCCCACCUCAGCCCCCGGUAGCUCCACGGGACUUGUACUGUGUACUUGAAUGCGAUCGAGUACAUAAAGCUCGUACUGUGGUUCGUACCGGAGAACUUCAGUUUGAUUGGGAUGAGUCUUUCGAGCUAGAACUGGUUGAUAAUAGACAAUUGGACGUUCUGGUAUACUCUUGGGAUCCUCAACACAGGCACAAGUUGUGUUACCGUGGAGCUGUCACCUUGCCCGAUCUGCUAGCACGGUCUUCCUCACAUCAACUGGCGAUAAGGAUGGAACCGCGUGGAACGCUUUACGUCCGCGUGCGACACACGGAACCACAUGAGUUAUUCCGCCGAAGACCCACGCCAUCCCGUCUAUCCCCCCCACCUUUAUUUGGGGCAGAAUUAGAUCAAGUCGUUGCAAGGGAGGUUAGGCCAUCCCAUGCCCCACCGGUGCCGCUCAUCGUCAGGCGGUGUGUGGAGGAGAUUGAACGACGCGGGUUGGAUAUUAUAGGUCUCUACCGUCUUUGUGGAUCUGCGGCUAAAAAGAGGAUACUGCGUGAAGCAUUUGAGAGGAAUGCUCGUGGAGUUGAGUUGACCCCUGACUCUGUUCCCGAUAUCAAUGUGAUUACGGGAGUCCUCAAGGAUUACUUGAGGGAACUACCGCAACCACUAUUCAGUCGGUGCUUGUUCCAGAUGACGUUGGAUGCUCUAGGAGUAUGUCUACCAGACGAUAAGGAAGGAAACGCUCGACUUAUGGCAUCAAUAGUGGAAUGCCUUCCGCGUGCAGCACGGGCGACUCUGGUCUUUCUGCUAGAUCACCUGGCUCUCGUAGUCGCAGCCCAGGACCGGAACAAAAUGUCUCCGCAACAUCUGGCUGUGGCCCUGGCGCCACCGCUGAUGCUACAGUCGCAGCCGCCCACAGAGCUGGACUACCAGCGACCGAUACACGUGCUACAAUGCCUUCUACAAAUCUGGCCAGCUCCGAAACGUUCAGUUCGGCGCGGAGAGCCAGCACUCGGGCCGCGUGGAAACAGAGUCAGUGCGUCGCAAGUGGGCUCAGCCACCCUCCCCCAAGGCCGAGUUCCGCCCUCAGCCAGUCCAUAUCGGCAUCCAGCGGUAGUAUCAGCAGCAUCUCCGCAGCCAGCUCUCUCGGCUCGGCCCGGGGCCGACCGCUCGCCGCCCGCACAUGUUCUCUCAUCAGCCAGGGCCGGCCCAUAUCGUCCGCAGUCGCCUCUGCGCGGCCCUCUGCCCGCUCCUCCUCGCUCCCGCCAAGUGACGGUCUCCUCUCCCGGUUCGCCCAGUAGCAGCUCGGGCAGCCACAGUCCGGCCGACACUAUCAAGCACGGCGGGUCCGUCUCCUCAAUACUACGACAGCCCGAGAGGACCUCGCCCAGGAAUUCCCCUCGUCACUCCCCCCGGGCCUCGCCUAGAGAUUCCCCGCGGGGCACGCCCAGGGAUCUGACGCCGAGGGAGACGACACCUCGUGACACGCCCCGGGAGAAUGGGUCCCGCGAGUCGCCCCGUUCCGCCAUCCCGGGCACAUCGGCCGGGCUGGCGGUGACGCUCAACUCGGCCGGCGGCGUGAGUCCUCGCUACACCUCCACCAACCCCUUCCUGCAACAGUACGACGCCGAGGAAGAAGCCGAGGCGUGGCACUCCGCCGACAUAUUCUCCUCUACGCACACAUAG